AUGUUCAAGUCUGCCAGCCGUGUUCUUUUGGCCACCAAGACCAUUCCUCUUGAGCCACAGAAGCCGUUCAAGCUGCACACUGCCGGCCGCGACGACUUGCCGCCACUCCCCACCACCGCAACGUACGACCCAGAGCAAAUGACGAAGAACCUCGAGAUGAUGUUCCGAAUUCGUCGCGUAGAGUCGUUGUGCGAUCAGUCAUACAAGCUCAAGAAGAUCCGCGGUUUCUGCCACCUUUACAUUGGCCAGGAGGCCAUCCCCGUUGGCAUGGAGAACAUCCUCACCUUCGACGACCCCAUCGUGACCGGCUACCGUGACCACGGGUGGCUCCUCGUGCGCGGUGGUACCACGAAAGAGGUCUUCGCCGAGAUUUUUGGCCGCGAGGGUGGUUGCUCGAAGGGCAAAGGCGGCAGCAUGCAUAUGUACAACGUGAAGAACAAUUUCUAUGGCGGUAAUGGUAUCGUCGGUGCGCAGGUGCCACUCGGCGCCGGUCUCGCCUGGCGCUACGCCCUCGAAAACCGUGACAAGCCUUCCAACGUGGCGGCGGCGUUCUACGGUGAUGGUGCGGCCAACCAGGGGCAGGUGUUCGAGGCUAUGAAUAUUGCCGCGCUGCAGCGCAUUCCCGUCAUGUUUUGCUGUGAGAAUAACCAGUUCGGUAUGGGCACGAGCAAAGAGCGUGCGGCGUACCAGCCCGAGAUGUAUCGCCGUGGUGAUUACAUCCCUGGCUUGCGCAUUGACGGCAUGGACGUGCUCGCAGUGCAGGAGGGCACACGCUAUGCAAAGAACUGGUGUCUCGCUGGUAAGGGACCUAUCGUGCUUGAGUUCGACUCGUACCGUUACGUCGGCCACUCGAUGAGCGACCCUGAUAGCCAGUACCGCACCAAGAGCGACAUCCAGGAGGUGCGCAAGACGCGCGACUGCAUCCACAAGAUGAAGGACUUUAUGGCGCGGGAGGGUAUCAUGACAGAGGACGAGAUGAUAAAACUCGAGAAGGAAGUCAAGAAGGAGGUCGACAAGGAGUUGCAGCCGGCGGAGCGGCAGAAGCUGACGCCGCUUAGUGAGCUGUUUACCGACAUCUACUCCGGAGAGCAGUACGAGCACCGCACCACGCAGGGCACCGUCUACGCCAAGCCUUGA